CCGGUUGAAAAUAUCAGAAGAAUGAACACAUAUGUGGCUGAAAUUGGGGAAAUUGUGAGAUCUCAGCGAAGAGAUGAAGAGUAUAUUGAAGAUAUUACAGAAAGAUUGAGCAGGGUCAGCAAAGAGCUUCUGGGCCAACGUACGUGGAUUCGGUGGUUUCCGUAUUUAAAAUCCAUCGCAUCGACUCUUUAUUAUACGAGCACAGUUGUAUUAGGAAAUCAAACUCUUGGCGAGGAAUACGUUCAUUUAUUUGAAUCAAACGGUCUUGAACGAACAGUUCCAUCGAUUCCAUCACGGAUUUCUUUUGUUCUUCUUCAUUCAGCAUUUCCAUUAAUUUCAAAUUAUUUGAUUCAGAAAGCAGAAUCAACACUUACACAUCCAUCAACUGAAUCAUUUCUUGGAAUUCCGAUUCGAAAAAAUCAAAAAGCUCGUCAAUCAUUUCUUGACGUGUUUUUCUGGUUGAGAACUAAACUUUUUCCACAACUUCAACGUGCUCAUAUUGCUCUUUUCUAUAUAACUGGAGCAUAUUAUAGCAUCGCCAGAAGAUUCACUGGAAUUCGAUUUUUAUCAGCCAGUGCUCAUUCGGAUAUUCCUGCGCUGAAAGUUUAUCGAUUCCUUGGUUAUAUAACAUUAAUUCAAUUGGCAGUUAGUAUUGGAAUAUCAUUAUAUUCAUUUCUAGAACAGGAGAAAUUCAAUAAUAAAUUGAAAAAGGAGAAAAAAGAAAACAACGGAGGAUCGGAUAGGAAUCUAGACGAGAAUUCGCUAUUUCAUCCAACAUUCCAGUGUUCAAUUUGUCUUGAAAACAAGAAUCCAUCUGCUCUUUUCUGUGGACAUUUAUUCUGUUGGACGUGUAUUCAGGAGCACGCAGUAGCUGCCACGUCAUCCGCUUCAACUUCAUCUGCUCGUUGCCCACAGUGUCGAUUGGAAUUUCAACCUCGUGACGUCACGCCUUUACUUAAUUUGUAAUAAUGAUAUUUUCUGGAAAAUUCACUUCGCAUCUCUUGAAUUACGGGUUUAAGCCAAAUAAUCUCCGUUUACUUUCCACUUCAACUCAUCCAACAAUAUAUUUCACUGGAAUACAACCAACUGGAAUUCCACAUCUCGGCAAUUUCUUUGGAUCUAUUGAGCCAUGGACUGAACUUCAGAAUUCUGUAGAUAAGAAUAUUCUUAUGAUGUUAUCUGUAGUUGAUCAACACGCUAUUUCACUUGGACCACUUCCAGCAAAUGAGCUCCGCCAAAACACUCACCAAAUGACAGCAAGUCUUAUUGCAUGUGGUGUUGAUCCAAACCGAACUCUCCUUUUCCGACAAUCAGAUGUUCCUCAAAUUGCCCAAAUUUCAUGGAUUCUUGGUUCACUUCAAACAACUUCAAAACUUGCAAGACUUCCCCAAUAUAAAGAAAAAAAAGAAAGAUUCAAAAAAGGUGAUAUUCCAGUUGGACUCCUUACGUAUCCUCUCCUUCAAGCAGCUGAUGUUCUUACAUUUAAAGCCACAACAGUUCCAGUUGGAGAAGAUCAAAGUCAACAUUUAAAUCUUCUUGGAGGACUUGCUUACGCAUUUAAUAAAACUUAUGAGACUGAAAUCUUUCCGAUUCCAAAGCAGUUAACACGAGAAUCUCAUGCAAGAAUUCGAUCAUUAAGAGAACCUGAAAAGAAAAUGAGCAAAUCAUCAGGAGGACCGAGGAGUCGUAUUGAGAUCACAGACAGCCGUUCCACAAUUAUCGAGAAAUGUCAAAAAGCACAAAGUGACAAUGCUGGAAAAGUGACAUAUGAUAAGGAAAACCGGUUAGCUGUUUCCAAUUUGCUUGAUCUCUAUUCGGCAGUCACCAAAACUCAAACAUCAGAGAUCGACUUCUCAAAUUGGACAACUUUAGAUUUGAAAAUGAAUUUGGCUGAAGCAGUUGAUAAACGACUAGCUCCAAUUCGACAAAAAUUUGAAGAAUUACAAAAUACUGGAGAGGUUGACAAAGUGCUAACUGAAAAUGGUGAAAAGGCUCGAGAAAUUGCAGAAAAAAAUCUAGAAGAGAUUCGUCGAACUAUCGGAUUCUUGUGAUAUUUAAAUUUACGGAUGUUUGAAUUGUUCAGUUAUUUUUCGUUGUUGAUUUUACUUUUUACUUAGAGGAUAUUGUUGAUUUUUCAUUUCGUCUAUUCAUAUUUAGGUUAAGUAAAUUAUUAAUGUU